ACUCUAAUGAGCAAGGGCUGCUAGCGCAAAUGACCAAGAAUGGAUCAGCCUUGUAUUAUGAGCUUGACGGCGAAGGUUCAGUGAUUGGUUUGAUAGACGAGAAUGGUGAUAUAGUCAACUCAUAUCAUUAUGAUCCUUAUGGGAUAAUACUGAAAGCUGAAGAAAGAGUUCGUAAUGAUUUCCUGUUUGUUGGUCAAUGGGGCGUAGUUCGGGACAAAGCCGUUCCUUUCCUGUACAAAAUGCGUUCAAGAUACUACGAUGCAAUGGUCGGUAGAUUUAUCAGCUACGAUCCAUUAGAAUACUCUACCCUGGAAACCAAUCUCUACGUGUAUGCCUACAACAAUCCAGUGGUCUUUACAAAAAAAGAAGGAAGAAUACCAAUAGUGCCUUUAGCAAUGCUCGCCGUUCGUGCCAUACCCGUUGUAAUUCGCUUUGUUCCUAAAAUUAGUUCUGCUAUAGCACCUGUCCUUCGCUAUGCCGGCAGUAAAGCCCUUCGCUAUGGCAUUCGUUCAAAGGACCCAUGGUAUGGAGUUCUUGGAAAUGUGGGGGGUUACGCAUAAAAAAAGGUGAUCACAGGAGAAGAUUUCAC